AUGGGGAGCAUUGACAUUUCCGCCUGCGACGUACCGCAGUUGAAGACGCCAUGGAUCGAGACACCCUUGGUCGAGUCCGCCUGUCUCUCUCGGGCAGCUGGAUGUAGGAUCUUCCUGAAGCUGGAGAACGUCCAGCCUAGUGGCUCUUUCAAGUCCCGUGCUAUGGGCAACCAGAUUCUCUCCCACCUUCGAAACCCUGAAAAUGUAGGCCGCCGAGUCCACUUCUACGCUUCAUCAGGAGGCAACGCCGGCCUAGCAGCCGUCUGUGCAGCCCGGAGCCUGGGAUACCCUUGCACCGUUGUGGUCCCCAUGGGCACCAAGCCCUUGAUGCUUGACAAGAUCCGGGCCGCAGGUGCAGCGGACGUCAUCCGUCACGGCGAGACCUUCUCCGAGGCAGGAGAGUACAUGCGGGAAACUAUCAUGAAGACCAGCAACGGCAACGACUACGAUGUGAUUAAGAUUGCCCUGCACCCAUUCGAUAACCAGCCCAUCUGGGAAGGAAACAGCACCAUCAUCGACGAGCUCGAGACUCAGCUCCCUCCCGCCACCAGCCCCGAAGACAAAAAGGCCUACAACGACCGGGCCCUCCCCUUAGAUUCCAUCAUCUGCAGUGUCGGUGGCGGUGGUCUCCUCAACGGCCUCGUCCAGGGCAUCGAAAAGCGCCGACAGAAAAAGCAGGCCACCUCCGCAUCCACCCCCAACCCCAUCCAUCUCCUUGCCAUCGAAACGGCCGGUACCGAUUCCCUGGCAGCAGCCAUCGCCAAAAACUCCCUCGUCUCCCUCCCCAAGAUCACAUCCCAAGCCAUCUCCCUCGGAGCCGUUCGCGUCUCGGAAACAACCUUCCAAUACGCCGUUUCCCCGCCCCCAGGCAUCCAGGUGCACAGCGCCGUGCUCUCAGACGCAGACGCAGCACGCGGCGUGCUCCGCCUCGCCAACGACGAGCGGCUCCUCGUCGAACUUGCAUGCGGCGUUUGUGUAGAGGCGGCCAUCGGCGACGCUGCUUCUGCUGUCUCCGCGUCGGGGCCUGCCGGCGCUCAGAGCAUCAAGAAGCGGAAGAGGGGAUCUAAUGAUACCGUCGUCUCCUACCGUGAUGAGGGGUACGGGGAUGACCGGUCCAUCUCUACGGAUAAUGAGACUGACCUAGAGACUGACGCGGAGCUCGGCGAUGCUAAGCUCAACUCUAAGCUCAAGCAGCUCGUCCCCGAUCUCAACCCUAACAGCAGGGUUGUUAUCAUCGUCUGCGGUGGUAGCUAUGUCAAUAUUGAUAUGGCUUCUGAGUGGCGCAAGAUGCUGGAUGAAGGGUGGGCAUGA